AUGUCUGAGGAGAGGUUUAAUGUUGUGGUCCACCAUAGUGGGACCCUAGUAAAUGAUAUUCCUUUUGAAUAUGUUGUACUUUUGGACAAUAUAGAAGGGGUUGUAUCAGUGAAAGUUAAUGAAAAUGAAGAAAGUGGAAGUAAGGAUGGAGAUAUAUUGCACAUAGCCAAAAAAAACCCAUAUGACAGGGGGUUGUCUGAAGAUGAGUGGGACUUAAAUUUUUUGGCCACUCUAGAAGAAAGUGGAAGUGAGGAUGCAGGUGAUGAAAGGCAAAGUUGUGGUACAUUUGGAACAUUUGUUAUGCAAAAGAGUAUGUCUGAAUACAAGUGGGAAGUGGGAACAAAGUUUAGGAAUAGAAGUUAUGUAGUCCAUGGUGGGAGGAAUUUGAAGUUUAUUAAGAAUGAUAACAGAAGGGUACGAGUGAGAUGUUUGGGUGCCCAAAAAAGUUGUCCAUGGAUGGCUUAUUGUGAGUAUUUGAAAGGAUGUAGGACAUGUCAAUUGAGAAAAAUAUUGGAUAAUCAUACUUGUAGUAGGCAAUUCAACAUUAAAAUGAUGAAUGUUAAGUGGUUGAGUGAGACAUUAGAUAAUUCACUACAUGAAAAUCCGAAUUUGAAGAUAAAUGAAAUACGCUCAAAAGCUUUAAGGAAAUGGAAUACCAAUGUCACAAUUUCUAAAGCUCGUAGGGAAAAGAUAAUUGCAUCUUGCAAAGUUGAAGAUAGUUUUAAAAAUCAGUUCAAAAGAAUAUAUGACUAUACACAUGAAUUAUUGAGAUGUAACCCUGGAUCAACAAUAAAAGUUAAAGUGGAUAGUGACAAUGGUGAGACAACAUUUCAGAGGUUCUACGUUUGUUUGAAAGCUUGCAAGGUUAACUUUCUCUCUUGUAGGCCAUCUAUUGGUUUGAAUGGAUGUCUUUUGAAAGGAAAGUAUAAGGGGGAGUUAUUUACAUCUAUUGGUAGAGAUCCUAAUGACCAGAUGUUACCUCUGGCAUAUGCAAUUGUAGAAGUAGAGAACAAAGAUAGUUGGACAUGGUUUUUGGAGUUGUUGAUAGAAGACCUUGGGGGUGCUGAAGUAUGCAAUUCAUGCACUUUUAUGUCUGAUCAACAAAAGGGUUUACUGCCAGCUAUGUUUGAACUUUUACCUAGGGCAGAGCACAAAUUUUGCAUGCGACACUUAUAUGCAAAUUUUAGGAAAAACAUUUCUGGUCAAAACUUGAAGAAUCUAAUGUGGAAGGCUGCUGCAAGUACAUACCCCCAAGCUUGGGAAAGAGAAAUGUUAAAUAUAAAGGAAGUGAAUGAAGAGGCUUACAAAUACCUAAUUGCUAUCCCACCAAGGUAUUGGUCUAGAUCUAGAUUUACAGGUCGAGCACUUUGUGAUACAUUAAACAAUAACAGGAGUGAAGGUUUUAAUAGUGUGAUUUUUGAUGCACGAGGAAAGCCCAUUAUAACCAUGCUCAAAGAAAUUAGAGUUUACCUCAUGAAAAGAUUGGCAACCAGCAGAAUUAAGAUGUGUAAUAUGGACUUUGAUAUCUGCCCCAAGAUUAGAAAAAGACUUACAAAAGAGUCAAAUUUAUCCAAAAAUUGGAUCCCUAGUUGGUCUGUAGAAAAACCCUAUGAAGUUAGGCAUUUUGCACAGAUUACAAACAAGUUUGUAGUUAACCUGCACAGUCAAGAUUACGGUCCACGUAUGAUGAAACAUAUGCCUGCAUUAUAUUUCCGGUCAAUGGCCACCUGUUAUGGGAAGAUCAUCUUACCCAGAUGUCCUCCCACCAUUCAAGAGAAAAUUACUAAAGAGAAAAAGAAGGUUGGAGCAAUGAGAGCUAAGGAGGGAUGA